AUGGCGAGCCCGCCGCGGCACGGAGCGCCGGGGCUCCCGGGCAGCCCGAGCCACAACCACAACCACAACCACAACAACAACAACAACAACAACAGCGGCGUGCGCAAGUGCGGGUACCUGCGCAAGCAGAAGCACGGCCACAAGCGCUUCUUCGUGCUGCGGGGACCCGGCGCGGCCGUUGGAGACGAGCAGCAGCAGCCUCCGCAGCCCCAGCAGCAGCAGCCGCAGCAGCCCCCCAGGCUCGAGUACUACGAGAGCGAGAAGAAGUGGCGCAGCAAGGCGGGCGCGCCCAAGCGGGUCAUCGCCCUCGACUGCUGCCUGAACAUCAACAAGCGCGCCGACGCCAAGCACAAAUACCUCAUCGCCCUGUACACGCGCGACGAGUACUUCGCCGUGGCGGCCGACAGCGAGCAGGAGCAGGACGGCUGGUACCGGGCCCUCACCGAGCUGGUGAGCGAGGGCCGCGCUGCCCAGGCCGCCGCCGCCGCCGCCGCCGCCAACGACGCGCCCCGGGCCGCCCUGGCCGCGUCCUGCAGCGCGUCCCUGCCCGGCGCCUUGGGCAGCUCGUCCGCCGCGGCCUCCGCGGGCGCCGAGGACGCCUACGGGCCCGGGGGCGCGCCCGGCGCGGCGGCCGCCUACCGCGAGGUGUGGCAGGUGAACCUGAAGCCCAAGGGCCUCGGCCAGACCAAGAACCUCACCGGCGUGUACCGCCUGUGCCUGUCGGCGCGCACCGUGGGCUUCGUGAAGCUCAACUGCGAGCAGCCGUCCGUCACGCUGCAGCUGAUGAACAUCCGCCGCUGCGGACACUCGGACAGCUUCUUCUUCAUCGAGGUGGGCCGCUCGGCCGUCACGGGCCCCGGCGAGCUGUGGAUGCAGGCGGACGACUCGGUGGUGGCCCAGCACAUCCACGAGACCAUCCUGGAGGCCAUGAAGGCGCUCAAGGAGCUCUUCGAGUUCCGCCCGCGCAGCAAGAGCCAGUCCUCGGCCACGCACCCCAUCAGCGUGCCCGGGGCGCGCCGCCACCACCACCACCACCUGGUCCAGCUGCCCCCGAGCCAGACGGGCCUGGUGCGCCGCUCGCGCACCGACAGCCUGGCGGCCACGCCGCCGGCCGCCAAGUGCGCGUCGUGCCGGGCGCGCACGGCCAGCGAGGGCGAAAGCGGGGCGGCGGCGGGGACCCCGGCGGGGACCCCCGCGGGCCGGCCCGUGUCGGUGGCCGGGAGUCCCCUGAGCCCCGGCCCGGCGCGCGCGCCCCUGAGCCGCUCGCACACGCUGGGAGGAGGUGGCCGCGCCGCCGCCAAGGGGGCCCUGCUGCCCGCAGGUGGCGCGCUCCAGCACAGCCGCUCCAUGUCCAUGCCCGUGGCGCACUCGCCCCCCGCGGCCACCAGCCCCGGCGCGGGCAGCCUGCCGUCCGGCGGCGGCGGCGGCGGCGGCCACGGCUCGGCCUCGGCGCACCCCGCGGCGCCGCGCCCCUCCAGCGGCAGCGCCUCGGCGUCGGGCUCCCCCAGCGACCCGGGCUUCAUGUCCCUGGACGAGUCCGGGUCCAGCCCCGGGGACCCGCGCUCCUUCUGCGGCCACCGGAGCAACACGCCCGACGGCAUGGCCGAGACCCCGCCGGCCCGGGAUGGCCCCGGAGGCGCCGGCGGGGAGCUCUACGGCGGCUACAUGGCCAUGGACCGGCCCCCCAGCCACUGCGGCCGCCCCUACCGUCGCGUGUCCGGCGACGCGCCGGACCUGGAGCGGGGCCUGCGCCACAGGACCUACUCGCUGACCACCCCCGCGCGCCAGCGCCCCGCGCCGCAGCCCGCCUCGGGCUCGCUGGACGAGUACACGCUCAUGCGCGCCACCUUCGCGGGCAGCCACGGCCGCCCGUGUCCGUCCUGCCCCGUGGCGUCCUCGCCCAAGGUGGCCUACCACCCCUACCCGGACGACCACGGCGACGUCGAGAUCGCCUCGCAGCGCAGCUCGAGCGGCCACCUGGGCCCUGACGACGGCUACGUGCCCAUGACGCCCGGAGCCGUGCUGCGGGGCCCCGCGACGGCCCGGAGCGGCCGGCGAGGCGAUGAGUACAUGCCCAUGAGCCCGACCAGCGUGUCCGCCCCGCAACAGAUCCUGAAGCCGCGCGGGGCCACCGUGGGCCCGCUGGGGCCUGCGUCCAACGCCUCCACGCCGUCCAGCUUGGCGGCCGUGCUCAGGGGCUUCCCUGGCAAGGCGGGUUCGCCCGUGGGCAGCUCCCCCGAGGACAGCGGCUACAUGCGCAUGUGGAGUGGCCCCAAGGUGCCGGCGGAGGCCCCCGACGCCCGGCUUCUGUCCAGCGAUUACCUCAACAUGUCCCCCAGCGACGCCGGCCCUGCGGGCACGCCGCCGGACUUCUUCUCAGUGUCCGGGUAUGGCCACAUGCACGGCCACGGCCACGCCGACGGCUGCCCCAGCUCCCUGCCGCGCGCCUACAAGGACCACGACCACUAUGUCCUCAUGAGCUCGCCCGUGGGCCGCAUCCUAGAGGAGGAGAGGCCCGAGCCUGUCCCCGCGCCUUCCCCCGUGGCCGCGCGCCCCGAGGGCCUGGCCGUGCCGCGCAGCCGCGCCGUGCGCCCCACACGCCUGUCCCUGGACAGCCUCCAGACCCUCCCCUGCAUGCACGAGUCCCCGCUGCCCCCCGAGCCCCAGAGCCCCGGCGAGUACAUCAACAUCGACUUCGGCGAGGCCGGGGCGCGCCUGCUGGGCUCGGCCACCUCGUCGUCCUCGCUGCUGUCCGCUGGCAGUCCAGCUUCGUCGCUGGGCUCCGGCACACCUGGAACCAGCAGCGACAGCCGCCAGCGCUCCCCGCUGUCCGACUACAUGAACCUGGACUUCAGCUCCCCCAGGCCGGGCCCCGCGGGCACCGCGCUCCCUCUAGGCUCCCUGGACGGGCCGCUGUCCACGCACCCGGCCGCCCCGUCCGUGGCAGCAAGGGCAGCGGUGCCUCCAGUGCCUCGACCGCCCUCCCACGGGGAGCUGUACCACCAGCCAGGAGCCGCGCCCACCGCUGCCCAGGGUCGCGGCGCUGCCACCUUGGGCUCGGCCUCGGCCACCGACAGCGACUACACCGAGAUGGCCUUCGGCGUGGCCGCCACGUCCCCGCAGCCCAUCGCCGCGCCGCCCAAGCCCGAGGGCCCGCGCCUGGGCAGCCCCACGUCGGGCGUGAAGCGUCUGAGCCUCAUGGAGCAGGUGUCGGGGCUCGAGGCCUUCCUGCAGGUCAGCCAGCCUGCGGACCCACACCGAGGCGCCAAGGUCAUCCGCGCGGACCCACAGGGUGGCCGUCGGCGCCACAGCUCCGAGACUUUCUCGUCCACCACCACUGUGACCCCCGUGUCCCCAUCCUUCGCGCACACGCCCAAGCGCCACAACUCGGCCUCGGUGGAGAACGUGUCUCUCCGGAAGAGCAGCGAAGGGGCGCUGGGCGGGAGCAGCGGUGCCCUCGGGGUGGCCCACGACGCCCCCGCGUCGCCCCGGCACCAGCAGCCGUCGCUGGCGCCGGCCGCGAGGCCCUGGACAGCGAGCCCCGUGGGGGGCCUGGUGGGCGGCCCCAUGCGCAGGGAGACCUCAGCCGGCUUUCAGAACGGCCUCAACUACAUCGCCAUCGACGUGCGCGACCAGCUGCCCCCGGACAAGGGCGCCUGGGGCCGGACCCGCAGCCUGGGGGGCCUCAUCGGAGCCGUAGGCGGCGGCGGCGGGAGCGUGUGUGGGGGCCCGGGCCCUGCGCCCAACACCUACGCCAGCAUCGACUUCCUGUCCCAUCAUCUGAAGGAGGCGGCCGUGGUGAAAGAGUAACCAUGGUUGGCUGGACCCUGGGCCACACCCCAGAGAGAAUCUUCACAGGACGUCCGGCCACCACACUGCUCACUUUCUCCCAGGGUCCCCUGGACGCCCACAGG